AUGCCCAACAUCGCCUUUCAGGAAAUGAAACAAACUGAGGAUUUCCUAGCAGCAGAAUUCAAUAAAGCUACCGCAAAAGAACGAGCUGAGGCCCUGGACGAUAUUCAUUGCGUUGGAAGAGCGCUUGAGGAAGUUCCAGAGACGAAGGCAAGAUUGCUGAAAGAAUUGGAUAGACUCGUUCAAGAUGAACGAAAUCCAAUCUAUGAAAUCGCUCUCAAACAAAAUCGAGCCUACGUCGAAGACCCAUCCUUUCGACUGCGUUUUCUGAGGUGCAACAUGUACGAUGUCCAUCGAUCUGUUCGUCAGAUGAUGGCAUUUUUGCAGCACAAAGCAACUUACUUUGGUGACGCCAAAUUGGCUCUUGAUAUUGUUCUCGACGACUUGAAUGAUGACGCAAUGGAACUGCUUUCCUCGGGACUGUUCCAUAUUCAGGAAGAAAGGGACAGGAAUGGACGAGUAGUGUUGUAUUUGAUGAAUCAAAUUUUUCGGAAGUAUAGUGUUGAGACGAUGAUCAAAGUUGCAUAUUACAUAUUCAACAAUGUGUUGAUUCCUAUUCCUGAAGUCCAAUCAAAAGGGAUCGUCGGCAUCUAUUACGAUGUGACUAAUGCAGGGGAGAACCAUGAGAUGCCUGGACUCGCUGCCCUUGUCACACUAAUGGAUGUCGUCGCAUCAAUUCCUCUGAGACAUUCUGCAGUGCACAUUUGCUUGAAGCCCAUUAGGAGCAGUUUGGUCUUCAGCAAUACUCUUCUAUUCUACACGCUGAGCCAGUCACCGGCUCGCACCAGAGUCAGGACGCGCAUUCACUAUGGCACGGAUAUGGAGCUUCAAAUCGCUCUUCGAAGCCACGGCGUUCCAACUCAAAGGUGCCCGAUCGAUGUAGACGGGAAUAUCCGAUGGGACAUCUUGAAUACUUGGUUUGAGCAACAGGAAUAUGUCAAAAAGUUUCUAGUUCAGCAGACGCCAAACCAGCCCAGACCACAAGAUAUCUUGUUUGGAAAAGGAUUCGGAAUCCAGCAUCACAUUGGCAAUUUCUGGUUUCGGAAUUUUCUCAUGGCGCACAGGGAAGAAUUUGAAAGUACUCCGAAAUCUUUACGAAAAGAGAUAUCAACAAGAUUGGCUCUAACCCUGUUUGAAAAUGGUGCCAGAUUUCUCAAACGAGCAGAAGUCAAUGGAUGGAUAGAAGUUGAGCUGGAAGAGGCGGCGAAGAAAGUUGGUCAGCUCUUUCGGACGUUUCGAAAAAAUACUUGA